AUGGAGUUCGUGGAAGGCAGAUGCAUAGCAACUUCUCAUUAAGUCUUACCACUGUUUUUCUCUUUUUUGUUCAAGUAUCAAAACAUAUAUUGUUCCAAACUUUUUUCCCAGCUGCGGAAGCUGAAGAUCUAUUGCGACGAAGUGACAUUGCAACCCUGAUCAGUGCUGGUGUCCAGCGAAGUUGCCGAGGGAAUUGCUACGAAUAACGUGCCAUAUUUCGUUUUUUGAUGUAUUUUUAUUAAAUCGUUGGAGUGUGUAAAUCGUUCCGUAGGGUAAUGGUAAAGAUGCCUUUUCUGUUGUGUUCGGCGUUUAUUUCUGGACAAGAGAAAAUGAACCCGCGGUUCCUAUCCCCGUUCACAGUUUAGUCCAAUUUGGUCUCCGAAACAGAGCUGUAAUGUAUUCACAUUGUAGACCAUUUAUUUUUACCCGAUAACUGGCGUUCUUGUGUGAAAGAAAAUGGUGAUAUUUGCGGUUAAUUUCCCCGCCGUGCCUGCGUUGUCGGUGCUACAGCUAGGAUUUGGAUCCCCGUGAGAAAAAAUGAGCGAAGAAUCGACAAAUCCAAACAACGAUGACAGUUAUGCGCGUGUGAGAGCAGUGGUCAUGACUCGGGAUGACUCCAGCGGAGGAUGGCUGCCCCUGGGAGGCGGAGGUCUCAGCUGUGUCACCGUCUACAAAGUCAGCCGGCAGGACGACAACGGCUGCGCCGACUUCCUCAUCCAGGGGGAGCGUCUCAAAGACAAAACGGUUGUGCUGGAGUGUGUUUUAAAGAAGGAUCUGGUGUACAACAAGGUGAACCCCAUAUUUCACCACUGGAGGAUCAAUGAGAAGAAAUUUGGUCUGACGUUCCAGAGUCCGGCCGAUGCCAGAGCCUUCGACAGAGGCAUCCGUAGAGCCAUAGAGGACAUCAACCAAGGCUGUCCGUCGUUCAGCGAACCUGAAGUUUCUGAAGAUGGAUUACAAGUCAAUCCAGAGCCUCCUUCCAUUUGCACGCCUAUGAAAGAGCCCUUUUGCCCACAGAGCAGCGUGGUGGCCACCGAGCCCUGCCGUGGCUGCUAUGUGCGUGCUCAGCCGUUCGACGAGUUCCCUACCACCAACCGCCGCUACCUGCCUCCCCAGGUAUCCUUCAAGUCGACCCGCCACGUGAGCUUUCACAUGGACGAGGAGGAGAUUGUGCGGAUCAACCCUCGCAAGGACGUUCUCAUCCGAGGGUACGAGGACUACCGGCACCCCGUCAUGUGGAAGCAGGACCCGGAGCGCGAGGAGGUGGACUUCACCGCCCCCUUCUCCAAGCUGGACUCCAAGAAGUGCGAGUACCUGUACCCGGAGGGCGCCGAGCAGCACGCGGGCAAGGACUCCAUCAAGACCCAGCCGUCGCCGCUGCUCAAGUCCAAGAAGUCGCGGCGGCGGCGCGAGGACGGUGAGCGCUCGCGCUGCAUCUACUGCCGCGAGAUGUUCAACCACGAGGACAACUGGCGGGGCCAGUGCCAGGACGCGCCCGACCCCAUCAAGCAGUGCAUCUACAAAGUCAGCUGCAUGCUGUGCGCCGAGAGCAUGCUCUACCACUGCAUGUCCGACUCGGAGGGCGACUUCUCCGACCCGUGCUCGUGCGACACCGGCGACGAGCAGUUCUGCCUGCGCUGGCUGGCGCUGGUGGCGCUCUCCUUCAUCGCGCCCUGCAUGUGCUGCUACCUGCCCCUGCGAGCCUGCCACCACUGCGGCGAGGCCUGCCACUGCUGCGGGGGCAAGCACAAAGCGGCCGGCUGAGUUCCCCACCCCCCCGCGCCGCGGGGAGCGCAAAGCCGCCAUCUCUUUUUUUUCCGCCCCACCGCUCACCUCCACGCGGUGACGUCUCCUCUGGAGCCUCUGAAGAUUUGUUUUUAGCGCGGAGCGAGCGGCAGCGGCGGGAGGCUCUGCGGUUUCGCUCGAGGGAGCUGCGUUGCGGGAGCUCAUAACGUCAGGAACGGUGUUGAGAUAAGACACGGAGAUACUAAAACACAAGUAAAACCGGGCCACCAUGCCAGACUCAUACACGUAGUGUGUAACUUUGUGAAGGAUCUUUUUUUUUGUCUUUUGUACAGAAAGCAAAGCAAAACAACAACGGCAACAAAAAAAAAAAAACAAAAAUAAAAUGAUGCGUUCAGAGAAUAUAUGAGUAUGCUAAAAGGGAUAUGUUCUUGCUUUUACUUUUGUGAAUUUGCAGUUGGGUAACAGUGGCCUUCAUGAUUCAAGCAUUUUCUGACAGUGUAAUUAUUAGACAGAAAAAAAGUGCACUAGAUAUUUUUUUCCCUGAAAGGUAACCUUCAUUGAUUCUAACGGUAAAUUAACAGUGAGCAUUAUAAUCGUUGCUUAACAGUGCUGAGAUGUAAUUCUGUGGUGGAUGUGGAUGUUUUUUUUUCCUUUUCAUUGAAAGCUAAAUUUUUUGAAGGUACAUUUUGAAAUUGCUUGCCACAUUCACAGAUUAACAUUUAAAUAAUUUCCCUGGUCUUGGUAAGGUGAUUUGGACCAUGUUGUUGCAUUCCAACAUAAAGGGAUUAAUUCUGUAGUCAGGAGAAAAAAAGAGGAUAAGCUGUUGCCAUACAACCCUUUUAAUUAAAAAAAAAAAUGACUUACUGUAUUUUAGCUUGGAACGUUCUUAUGAUUUACCUAACAUGAGACCAAUGCAUCAGAAUUCCAGGUGUGUCACUCUAGUGAGAUUAUUACCAGUCCCCUUUGUGUUUGAUUCCCAUUGGAACUUUAUUUUUCCUUGUAACUGGUCUGUCUUUAAACUGAAAGCUGAAAUUUUGCUCAACCAGCAAGUUUUUUUGUUGUUGAAUUUUGGGGAGUUUGCUGCCCUGCUACAAUGAGGCACUUAGGCUGUUAAUUGGAUAUUGUGUCCCAUUGAAAUACUGAUUCACCAGAUCGGUCACUAAAAUACUCUGGAUAAUGCUAAAAAUUCCACCUUAAAAGCACUGGUUUCCAAACUUUGGUUACAGCACUGUCACCAAAUAUGUUUGUUUGUUCCCUUUUUAACGUGAAAUUGUAUGAACCACAGUACAUGUUUAAGUAUGUUGUGAUUAUACUAUUUUGCAGAUUCCCCUGUCCAGAACAACUUACACUAGAGCAUAUGAUACACUAUACAGACAUCAAUAUGGUUAAUAUAUUCAAAUAAAUGCAUAUACAAAUCAAUAAUAAUCAGUCUUGAACAACUGUACCCACUGAAACCAGUAUUCACCUGCUCUGUUCUGUCCUCCUCACAGUGUAUAGCCUACUCACGGCUAUCUGGAGACUUCCAAGGUCAUUGUGUCUGGAGGUCUUUGUGAAUUGAUGAAUAUAUUUAGACAGACGCACACAUACAGACAUAUUCACAGGUACACACAUGCACAAAAACACACA